GCGGCGGCGGCGGGCGGCGGGAAGGCGCGAGCAUGGCGGCCCGGCGCGGGGCUCUCAUCGUGCUGGAGGGUGUGGACCGCGCCGGGAAGAGCACGCAGAGCCGCAAGCUGGUGGCAGCGCUGUGCGCCGCGGGCCACCGCGCCGAGCUGCUCCGCUUCCCGGAAAGAUCAACUGAGAUCGGUCGGCUGUUGAGCUCUUACUUGGAGGAGAAAAGGGAGCUGGAGGACCAUUCGGUGCAUCUGCUCUUCUCCGCGAACCGCUGGGAGCAAGUGCCUCUGAUCAAGAAGAAGUUGGGCCAGGGCAUCACCCUUGUCGUUGACAGAUAUGCAUUCUCUGGUGUCGCCUUCACCAGUGCAAAGGAGAAUUUCUCCCUGGAUUGGUGCAAGCAGCCGGACGUGGGCCUCCCCAAGCCGGACCUGGUGGUGUUCCUUCAGUUACGGCUGGCGGAGGCUGCGGCGCGGGGAGAGUUCGGCCGUGAACGCUACGAGAACGGGAACUUCCAGGAGCGGGCACUGCGUUGCUUCCACCAGCUGAUGGCGGACGAGACCCUGAACUGGAAGAUGGUCGACGCCUCCAAAAGCAUCGAAGAUGUCCACAAGGAAAUCCACGCCCUCUCUGUGGACACCAUCCAGGCCGUCACACAGAGGCCACUAGGCGAGCUAUGGAAGUAGCCAUGCAGCGCCCCGUCUUUUGGUCCUGUGAGGCCGAGCUGGGGGGGAUGGUGGACUCCCAGACGAUGUGCUCACGGUGCACAGAGCAGAGACAAGUCAGCAGGGCACACCGGGGGCGCCGCAGGCAGUGCUGCAAGCUUCCUCUGUCCUCCUACCCCCCCCCAAGCACCAGUAAAUGACAGUGCUUUCUUACGGGAGUCUCAUGACCACAUGCAGGCAGUUCCAGUGAGAUGGUCAUCACCUGAAAUUCUGAAUUUCUUAGAGGCACCAAUAAAAACGCAUCUGAAAAGGCA